AUAGCUAUAAUAACUUGGUGUACGUACGUAUUUUUGAAUACAACCAAGUCCAAGAGAUUGGAAAGGAAGCCAAAAAAUAAAAAAGAAGCUAAGGUUCCUUAAUUCAUUGCAUUUGCAUAGAGACAUUAAUUAAUCAUGUCAACUGCAGAGCUCCUGCAACUUUCUGUAAUACUACUCUCAUCAGCCUUCCUUUGCAUCAUCGGCUUAAUGCGGACCCUUUUUGGGGACAUUCCAAUCGCGCUUUGGCAGGCAUCCAGUCUCCACGACUUCACCACUCGACUCCUGAAAUUGAACAACGGGACUUUGUUGCUCAGCGGCCCCAUGUUCCUCAACGGGGACAUGAUCAUCACCAGCGACCCCAUGAACGCCCACCACGUCCUCAGCAGAAACUUCACCAACUACGAGAAAGGCCGCGAUUUCAAGGCAAUCAUGGACGCCUAUGGUGACGGCAUCAUCAACUCCGACGGCGAGUCGUGGAAGCUCAAGAGGCAGCUCGUCCACUCCCUGAUCAACACCAAGGAGUUCGAAGAUCACGUCAUGAAAGUCAUGGCGGUCAAGUUGGAGCACACCUUGUUCCGCGUCCUCGAUGAUUGUGCGUCAUCAUCCGAGGUUGUUGACAUCCAGGAUGUGCUCAAAAGGUUCAUGUUCGACAACAUCUGCCUGUUGGUAUUGGGGUUCGAUCCUGGCUACCUGCGGCCUGCUGGACUACUACUUUCCACUACUACUCCUACAUUGUUGUGUGGCAAAGCAUUUGAUGAUCUGAAGGAGGCUGUCGUGUACCGCCACAUUGUCCCCAAAUUCCUGUGGAGAAUCCAAAAGAGGCUUGAUGUCGGAGUGGAGAAGAAGGCAAGCAGAAGUCGCCAGAUCCUCGAUGACUUCAUAUAUGCAAGGAUAGAGACGAGGAAGCAAGAGUUGGUGAAACUAGGAGGAAUUAACGACGACAACAAUGCCAACGAUGUGUUGACACGACUUUUGGUAACGGGACAAGACAAGUCAGACAAGUUUGUGAGGGACACUGUGUUCAGCUUGAUAGGAGCUGGGAGAGACUUAAUCUCCUCUGCCCUAACUUGGUUUCUUUGGCUGGUCGUGACCCACCCGACUGUCGAGGGAAGAAUUUUACACGAGAUUAAGCUAGUCAUGAACGUGCGGCAAGAUGAUGAUGAUCAAGAUAGAUUGUUUUUUACCAAGGACGAGUUGAACAAACUGGUUUAUCUUCAUGCCGCGAUUUGGGAGACCUUAAGGUUGUACCCACCAGCGCCAUUCGAGCAUAAAUGCGCUGUGGAAGCAGAUGUGCUACCUAGUGGCCAUGGUGUGCCUAAGGGCACGAAGAUAUUGUUCUCCAUAUACUCGAUGGGUAGGAUGGAAGAGAUAUGGGGUGAAGAUUGUACGGAGUUCAAGCCGGAGAGGUGGAUUUCUGAAAAAGGGAACGUAAUUCAUGUUCCUUCGUACAAACUUAUGGCCUUUUUAGCAGGGCCAAGGACUUGUACUGGGAAGGCUAUCGCUUUCUUGCAGCUCAAGUCCAUGGCCAGUGCCAUUCUCUGGAACUACAAGUUCGAUAUUGUGGAGGGUCAUGUCAUGAAGCCGACACCUGCUAUGAUAUUGCUAAUGAAAGAUGGAUUGAAGAUGAGGGUUUCCAAAAGGGGUUUAGUUUGAGUGUUUCUUGUUGUUGUUGUUGUUGUUGAUGAUUUACUUGUUUGAUGUUGGGGUUUCUGUUUAGGAUGGGAUCUUGAUGACGACUUUAUGUAGGAGAGUUUGCAUCUGCAAUAAUUAUGAAGCAGCAUUAUAAUAUGGAUUCAAUAGGAAAAUGAAGCCCCAUACGGAUUUCUAAUAUUGUAAGGUGGCUUGUAUUAUUGUAGCGGAAAUAGCUUGUGAUAUCCCCUAAUUGAUCCUUUCAAGAAAGCUAUAUAUCUUAAUGUAAGGCCUCUGGCCAUGUCAAGCAAUGAGAAGAAAAACAAAUUGGAGACUGUUGUCUCUCCUGUGAUUUUUUCCAAAAUACACUAGUUACUAAAAGGUACCCACACUAUCAUACUAACGCUAAAAUUUGUCAGAUUAUUAGAGCUUGGUUUGGGUGAUUGCAAUUUCCAGCGAUCUUUGUGGCGAUUCAGUGAAAAUCGGAACGAUCCAACUUGGAUCACGGCCAACCAAAGCGAACGAUCUUAUAGAGUUUAAGUACUAGAGUCUGUAGCGAUCUCGCUAGAUCGCUGCUGACUCAUGCAAUCUAACCCAAAAAUUACUGGACACUCCAACGAUUUACACCUAAUACACGCUGAAAUAAUCUGAUUUGAAUUGA